CCCAACCCCUCCCCCUCCUCCGCCGCCGCCGACAUCAAGCCCGUCUUCAUCUCCAAGGCUGAGCGCGAGAAACUCGCCCUCCAGCGCCGCCAGCAGGACGCCGGCGAGCAGAAGCGCCUCUCCGUCGAGCACCUACACUCUCUUUCCCGACCUAAACUCCCCUCUGACGCCGACGAACUCGAGCUAGAAAAGAGCGACCGUGAUCGAGACCGCAGCAAUCGCGACCGAGAUCGAGACCGGGAUCGCGAUCAUGACCGCAACGAUCGAGACCGAGACCGGGACCGAGAUCGGGACCGAGAUCGGGACCGAGAUCAUGACCGCGGCGAACGAGACCGAGAUCGCCGAAACCGAGAUCGGGAUCGGGAGCGAGCCCGGGAGGACGACUCCAGAUCUAGAGAGCGGGCUCGGCUCGAGAAGCAAGUGGAACGCGAGAGGGAAAAGGAACUUGAAGCUAUCAAAGAGCAGUACCUUGGAUCGAAAAAACCUAAGAAGCGCGUUAUCAAACCUAGUGAAAAGUUUAGGUUUUCCUUCGAUUGGGAGAACACUGAGGACACUUCUAGAGACAUGAAUUCUUUGUACCAAAACCCUCAUGAAGCUCGUCUUUUAUUUGGCCGAGGGUUUCUUGCUGGAAUCGAUCGCCGAGAGCAGAAGAAGCAAGCGGUGAAGCAUGAGAAAGAGACACGUGAUGAAAUUCGAAGGAAAGAGGGGAGGUUAGAGGAGCGGCCUGAGGAGGCUGCAGCUCAACGGCAAAAGGAAGCAGCGGCUGAUCUUUAUGAUGCUUUUGAUAUGAGAGUUGAUCGACAUUGGACAGAGAAGAAACUUGAAGAGAUGAGUGAACGCGAUUGGAGAAUUUUCAGAGAAGAUUUCAACAUUUCAUACAAAGGGUCGAGGAUUCCAAGGCCAAUGAGGAACUGGGCUGAGAGUAAAUUGGGUUCUGAGCUUUUGAAAGCAGUUGAGAAAGCUGGGUAUAAAACCCCAUCCCCAAUUCAGAUGGCAGCAAUUCCUCUUGGAUUGCAGCAGAGAGAUGUGAUUGGGAUUGCAGAAACUGGGUCUGGAAAAACUGCAGCUUUUGUGUUGCCAAUGCUUACUUAUAUCUCUAGGCUCCCUCCGAUGAGUGAGGAGAAUGAAGCUGAAGGACCUUAUGCUGUUGUUAUGGCACCUACCAGAGAGUUAGCUCAACAGAUUGAGGACGAAACCGUGAAAUUCGCGCAUUAUUUAGGGUUCAAGGUGGUUUCAAUUGUCGGGGGUCAGUCUAUUGAGGAACAAGGGUUUAAGAUUCGGCAAGGGUGCGAGGUUGUGAUCGCUACUCCUGGUAGGCUUCUUGAUUGCUUGGAGCGUCGGUAUGCUGUACUCAAUCAGUGCAACUAUGUUGUUCUCGAUGAAGCUGAUAGGAUGAUUGAUAUGGGUUUUGAGCCGCAGGUUACUGGGGUUUUAGAUGCAAUGCCUUCCAGCAAUUUGAAACCCGAGAAUGAGGAUGAAGAGCUUGAUGAGAAAAGAAUUUAUCGAACAACUUAUAUGUUUAGUGCUACAAUGCCACCAGCUGUUGAGAGGCUAGCAAGAAAGUACUUGAGAAACCCAGUUGUCGUUACUAUUGGUACUGCAGGAAAAACUACAGAUCUCAUUACUCAACACGUAAUCAUGCUGAAGGAGAGUGAAAAGUUCUCAAGGCUUCAAAAACUGUUGAAUGAUCUCGGUGAUAAAACAGCCAUUGUUUUCUGCAACACUAAGAAAUCUGCAGAUGCUCGAGCCAAAGAUUUAGACAAAACUGGCUAUAGAGUUACAACACUCCAUGGGGGGAAAUCUCAGGAGCAGAGGGAGAUAAGUCUCGAAGGGUUUAGAAACAAGAGGUUCAAUGUGCUUGUGGCUACUGAUGUGGCCGGUCGUGGUAUUGAUAUUCCUGAUGUUGCUCAUGUUAUAAACUAUGAGAUGCCGAAUAGUAUUGAUAUGUACACUCAUAGAAUUGGAAGAACCGGGAGAGCUGGAAAAACUGGAGUUGCGACGACUUUCUUGACUUUGCAUGAUACUGAUGUGUUUUAUGAUUUGAAGCAGAUGCUUAUACAGAGUAAUAGUUUGGUGCCUCCGGAGCUGGCAAGGCAUGAGGCUUCAAAGUUUAAACCAGGGAGUAUUCCUGAUCGACCGCCGAGGAGGAAUGAUACUGUGUUUGCACACUGAGGAACUAAGGGGAUGGCCUUGUUUCUUGAUUUGACUUUGCGAGAUGUUAAUCUUUAAGGUAGUUAUGUUUCUUUUUAAGGGUUUAGUAGGAAGAAGAAUUGUGCCCCGUAUCAAGGUGGGCUUUUUAAGGAUAUUGUAGUCUCUAUUUUGCAGUGAUCUAUAUGGAUUUUUGUUUGAAAUUCUGGGCGUGAUGCUGAAUUGCUGUUAAUUUUUUGCUAGAUAUUUGCAUGUUAUGAUGAUUAA